CAAAUCCUCCAAUAACUUCCUGGUAUUACAGUUUGCUCUAUUGUAAAACUUUUUUUUCCACAUCCAUUCCUCAGCUUACUUUGUAAGCUGUUAAAAGUUGUUUUUCCCCCUCUAUAAUAAGAGCGAAUCAUAUAAAAGUCUACAAAUGCAAAUCUCUGAGGUCAAACUAAGACGUUUAGGUAUGCAUACUGCUUCAAUGCACUUCAUGUAAUUCAAACAGCAAGAAGGAAAAAGGGAAGGAGGGAGUAGGGGAGGGAGGAAGGGAGGUACAUGGACAUGUGACCAGGUGGUGGUGACCUCCUGACUUUUUACAUAACAGCUGAGUUAACUUGUAGAGCUAGUGGAUUGUUAAACUUGGGAUUUCACCAAGGGGCUUCCCUGUGCUUGGUCACUAAAUGGACAUGUGUGUGUUUGUGUGUGUUUGAUUGUGUUGGUCUGUCUAUGGCUGUACAGUAAGUUAACAUAUCUAGUUAUAAUUUUUUAUCUCCCUUUUUAUUGUUGCUCUCGGAAACUUUGUAUGCCUUUCUGCAGUAACAAAUGAUUUGGACGGAGGUUAUUGUCAUUGCUUUCCUGUUCUAGGGUCUGAUACAUGUGGUUAAAAGGUGAAAAGUGCUACACUGUGUUUUAGGAUAUAGUGUGUAUUGGUGUAUUGGAAUGACGAGAUACAUAAUCACAUAGUGGAACACAGGACACGGACAAGUGUUGUUUAAAGUGAAGCACAUUUGCAGAAGGUGGAGGAACAUUAGAGGAAAUGACACAGGCUUCAUCAGUCUUUUGGAUCCAGAUUGCUGGAAAUAUGCGUCAGUCCCUGCAGUCACAUGCUGCGAUGUUUCCUGUCGCAGACCUGACAUGGGCAGUGGUACUGGGGAAACAGUGACUGCCUACGCAAUCACAUUAUUUCCAGAUAAGAGGACUUUGUGAGUUGUAAUUAUGUCAUAAGCAUUGUGGUUGGCUGUACUUAUGCGUUAGGGAGUUGCUGACGAACUGACCGAAUAGCAAGCGCAACGCUGUGGUGAUUUUGUGCUGUGUGUUUAUGACUGUGUGUAUGUAUGAAUCCAUCAGUGUUACGCAGCAGGAAAGGAGACAUGCUCCAGGGGGCUGAAGCCUACAAUGUUGAUGACGAGACUCGGGCCUUAGACUCAAACCCCUUCUCAGACAGCAGUAAAGCCCCUUAUCAGCAUCGCUCAGACUGCUACCGGGAAGGAAGCUGUGGCCCCCCUGCCCCCCGGGGGCCAGUUGUGGGCCCUCCAAGCCCAGCCUGCCUCACCUGGGCACAGCGGACCCGUAACCAGCCAGCUAGUCUGGCCUUACGCAAACAGGAGGAGGAGGAGAACAAGAGGUGCAAAGCUCUGUCUGACAGUUAUGAGCUCUCAACUGACCUCCAGGACAAGAAGGUGGAGAUGCUAGAGAGGAAAUAUGGUGGCUACUUCCUGAGCAGACGAGCAGCACGCACCAUUCAGACUGCCUUCCGUCAGUAUCGCAUGAACAAGAACUUUGAGCGCCUGCGCAGCUCAGCUUCCGAGAGCCGGAUGACACGGCGCAUCAUCCUGUCCAACAUGCGUAUGCAGUACUCAUUUGAUGACCGCCAGCCUCAAGCACAGCCACAGACCUGCCACAGUCCCGGCAUGGGCCCUCCACAUUCACCUGACCUGGAGCCCGAUUCACCUGCCCAACCAGAAUAUACCCAUUUAGAGGACUCAUUCUCUAAACAGGUGAAGUCCCUGGCUGAUUCCAUUGAUGAUGCGCUAGCAUGCCGUCCAGGUAGAGACGACUCACAGGAUGGCCUCGGGGACAGUGGUGCUGUAGACGACUUCGGUGAGUGCAUCUGGAGCAGCAACAGCCACCCAUCUCUCCGUCGGGGACUAGGUGAGCGGGAGAGAGGCAGCACAGGAGGUGGUCUGAGCAUGCAUGAGGAUAGCACGGCUACGUCAUACAGCGAUGUCACACUCUACAUGGAUGACGGUUUGCCCUCAUCACCCCUCUCUCUGGACCGGGCACCAAGCAGUACAGACACUGAAUUCUGGGGGGGUAUGACCGGUGGGGUCGGAGGGCGAGAGGACAGUCGGGACACUGAAGGAGGUGGCAGCAGCAACAGCCGACGCAGCACGCCAUGUACAGAGUGCAGAGAUUACCGCCUCCGAGGGGCACAUUUGCCUCUGCUCACAAUCGAGCCACCCAGCGACAGCUCAGUGGACAUGAGCGACCGCUCAGACCGUGGUUCCCUAGGCCGGCAGCUGGUAUAUGAGCAGGACUCAAGUGGGGGCUCACCUCAGGGCACUCUAAAGCACAAUCCCAAUGCCAAAGCGCAAGGCCAAGCACGUCCAGCUAGCCGCCCAAUAGCAACACAACUCCCGCAUCAUGUUACUCACCAUCACCACCAUCAUCACCACCAUCAUCAUCACCAGUAUCCUGACACUCCAUCUUCUUCCUCAUCCCCCCAGCAGCCCCCCACUACACCGCUCUCAUCCUCCUCUUCCGCACAGCUGCCUUCCGGUGGCUUGGAUCAGCAGUGUUGCUCAGAUGGCGAUAAUGACUCACUAAACUCCACCACAAACUCCAACGAGACCAUUAACUGCAGCUCUGGCUCAUCGUCCAGGGACAGCCUGCGGGAACCACUGCCGCCUAUGGGCAAGCAGACGUACCAGAGGGAGAGCCGCCACAGCUGGGACUCUCCUCCUUUCAACAGUGACGUGGCACAGAGAAGGCAGUAUCGCAUCGGACUCAACCUCUUCAACAAGAAACCAGAGAAGGGCAUUCAAUACCUGAUAGAACGUGGCUUUGUGUCGGACACGCCUGUUGGCAUUGCCCGCUUUAUCCUAGAGAGGAAGGGCCUAAGCCGACAGAUGAUCGGGGAGUUCCUGGGCAACCGACAGAAGCAGUUCAACAAGGAUGUACUCGAUUGCGUGGUUGACGAGAUGGACUUCUCCGGAAUGGAUCUAGAUGAUGCUCUACGGAAGUUUCAAGCCCAGAUCAAGGUGCAAGGAGAGGCCCAAAAAGUAGAACGACUUAUUGAGGCUUUCAGUCAAAGGUAUUGUGUGUGUAACCCUGUACUGGUGCGCCAGUUCCAGAAUCCUGACACUAUCUUCAUCCUGGCUUUUGCCAUCAUCCUCCUCAACACAGACAUGUACAGCCCAAGCGUCAAACCAGACAGGAAGAUGAAGUUGGACGACUUCAUUAAGAACCUGCGAGGAGUAGAUAAUGGACAGGAUAUCCCACGUGACCUGCUGGUGGGGAUCUACCAGCGUAUUCAGAAGUGGGAACUAAGGACCAAUGAUGACCAUGUCUCCCAGGUCCAGGCUGUGGAGAGAGUCAUCGUGGGCAAGAAACCAGUCCUGUCUCUUCCCCAUCGCAGGCUGGUGUGCUGCUGCCAGCUUUACGAGGUGCCUGACCCCAACCGACCACAGCGCACCGGUGUACAUCAGAGAGAGGUGUUCCUCUUCAACGACCUGUUGGUGGUAACAAAGAUCUUCCAGAAGAAGAAAACGUCGGUGACAUACAGUUUCCGGCAGUCAUUCCCUCUGGUGGAGAUGCAAGUACACAUGUUCCAAAACUCCUACUACCCUCAUGGCGUCAGGCUAACGUCAGCCAUCCCAGGAGGUGAACGUAAGGUGCUAAUUGUGUUCAAUGCGCCGAGUCAGCAGGACCGCACGCGCUUCGUCAGUGACCUGAGAGAGAGCAUUGCCGAGGUGCAGGAGAUGGAGAAAUACAGGGUUGAAUCGGAGCUUGAAAAGCAAAAAGGCGUGAUGCGGCCCAGCCUUCUUAGCAGCAGUGUGGUGGGUGGAGGUGUGGGUGGAGUCAAGAACGAAGUAGUGAAUGGCAGCAUUGGAAGAUCUAGUUUGGAUGACAACUAUUCACCCAGUGAAGGCCUGAAACGCACUGCUCUCAGCUCCUCACUUAGGGACCUGUCUGAUUCAGGGAAACGUGGUCGCAGAAACAGCGUUGGUUCCCUUGACAGUACAAUGGAAGUAAGUCUGAGUGGAGCAGAGCAGUCCACAGCCUCACCAGCGUUACCCAGUAGCUACUGUGCUAUCGAGCUGCUAUGGAACCGAAGAUUACCGGCCUCACCGCCCCAUCCUGAGCCCCGGAGUGGGGGUGGGGGGUGGGCCGGGGCAGCAACACACCACGGCGCCCGCACCUCCUGGCACUGCACCUCCAGCCUCCAGCAGCAGCAGCAGCAGCGAGAGAGGUACCACCAGUGGGACGACAACCAGCGCCACCUCCUUCCUGGGAUCACUGUUUGGGACGAAACGGGCCAAAGCACCAGGCCCCAUCAUCCCGCCGGGGCCACCCUACCCCGUCCCUACGGUGCCAGCACCACCACCGCCUCUAUCCCCUUUGCCCCUGUGCCCUCCAGAGUCCACUGGCAUGUCCAAGAUCCAGUACUGCCACACUAUGGGUGCGGGCAUGGCUGGGCACCCCCCGCCACCGUACUGCCACCCGCACCAGCGCUGCCAACACGGUGGUCCACAACGCCAGCAUGCCACGUUACAGCGGGUCACGCUACCACGCCGACCAACCCACAACUCCUCCCCCUAUCUGCCAACGCUCUCCCAACAUGCUUUUCAGGCUCGCUUCGGGAAUUCGGGCAACGGGGGCUCGACGUGCGUGCCUCCUCCCCCCCUUUCUCCUCACUCCCCACUAUCCCAACACCCGCCGUUUGCCCUCUGCCACGCACAGCUCACACACUCGGCCAGAGGGGGCGCCGUUGUGGGCAAAACGCCACUAGCGCUGUCACACUCACAACCACACCCGCACCAACACGCACUCUCCCACGGGCAUACGCCCCACCCUGCCCAUCCGCCACACUUCGUGUUCGCCAGCCCGCCGCCCCCCUUCCCAGCGCCCACUCCACCACCCCUGCCAGCCUCCGCUCCACCCGCCACGGCCCAGCACGCGUCGCCGGCCGCCCCGUAUCCGCCCCCGUAUCCUCCGCUUUCCUCCAUCCCACCUCCCCCCCUCCACUCCCCUUUACCCCCCCCUUCCACCCCCCUUACCCCUCUUACGCCUCUCUCCCCUCUCCCCCCCCCCUCGCACCCCGCCCCGCCACCGCCACAGGUCACGGCACCAUCGCCAGGUCAAACUGGCACGGUCGACCGGGCCAAAUCCAAGCCUGUCAGCCGGAUCAGCACGGUAGUCUGAACAGGGGCAAGGGAAAGGUGCGCUCCUGGGGCUCGCUACGAGGUCCCCUGGUGGUGGGAGGAGGAACAGCAGAGAGAUUGGAAGACAUGGGAGGAGGAAGCCGGACCAGGACGGAGGGCAGCAAGAGGAAACGCAACCUACUGAGACUCUGUUACUUUCAUUUGCGCUUCCCACAAGUAUAGAGAGACAGGACAGGACAUGGGAGACAGUGUGCGUAUACACGAUAAGCACAUUUAGAAAUGCACUUCAUGUGUAAAACAGGGUCCAUCAUCAUACAGUGGAUUACAGUACAAGAAAAUCAAAUCUCAUAAAUGAUGACAAGAAGCACUUUAACUGAAAGUGUGUACGUUACUGACUCAGUGAAAAGCAAUGAAUUUCUUUGUUUUCUUCUCUUUCUUCAAUUAUACAUAAUAAUUUUAGCCAUAGCAAAUAACAGAAAUAAAAUGCAACCAGGUAUCAAACCUGGUAUACACAUAAUUGCGCACAAACCCUGACUAACUAAGUAUGCACAGGGAAUGAAUAAACUGCCUAUAGCCAUAAGAGAAUGUAUUCUCAGAGUCAGUACAUGAAGAAACAUGAAGAGUUUGUCUCAGUCUGUAUAUUAAUGUAGGAAUAGAAGUAGACCCUGUAGAUCAGGGAGACCUACAAUGAACGAGUCUUUAUCCUCUACUGGACAUACAGAGUAAAUCCAUUCUCUACGAGUGAAAUGUGUGUUAAGCUCUAGCUUGGCAGACACAGGAAAUAUACGCAAUAAACAGUUAUACUAACCAAUAAUAAUUCGAUGUUCAGCUUGUAGUGAGUCUCGCUCUUCUCCUGUAUAAAGAUCGUCUCAUGAGAGAGACACAUUUGAAGAGCAUACAAGAAACGUGACUAAUUCACCAUUUUCAAUGUUGCCAGUCAGAUUUAAAGCUUGACCAAUUUAUUUAUAGAUCUGACGUAAACAGAUCGUCAAUUGUCUGAGUUAGCGUAGUAGUGACUAUUUUGGCCGCAGUGCUAACCUCUACACUAACCUCUACUCUCAUUAAAUUUGCACCUUCAUUUUGGAAAGUGUUAACAUCCUUGUAUGCCUGCUAUUAAAUAAGUAUUCUAAAGGGCUUGAUUUUCACUUAAUUACCUGAAGAGUUUGAUUACUUUACACAUGCUUGAAGAUAUGACUAUAAUUAUAUAACUUCUCACUGCCAAAGGCUCUGUCCAUUGCUCUAAAAUCUGCUAUCAGUUGUCAAUAAUAAUAAUAAUAAUAAUGAUGAUGAUGUUGAUGAUAAUAAUAAUAAUGAAACUCUGCUGGAUAAUUAGUUAUCUAGGCAGUUUGCUGGAGGUGGUACUAUCUUUUGCACCUCAGGUGUGCCCAAAACAAAUAGUAAACCGCCAGUCACAUUUAGCAAGCCUAAAAGAAACACGAAGUUUACUACGCCGAGAUCUGUAACAAUGAAUUGUCUGUACUAUUGAAUUUUAUUAUUGUUAGUAAUGAACCUGAGAAAUGGGUGUUCCAUGGCUAGCAAAUGAAGCUCGUCAAAGUCAUGGUUCUGUGAAAAGAUCUGAGAAAGCACUUCAUUUUUAACAGACAUUGGAAUUUCCGUAAGCUGCCACAGUACUAUGUCUGUGGAAAUAAUGGCUGACUGAAUUAAUCCAGUUCAGGAACUUGUGAAGGGUACUCACUGUCAUCUGAACAAAAAAUCCUCCAGGAGGCACUGCAGCUGCUCUCACUGUUCCUCUUCCUUUUUAGUCUUUGCCUAACUGAAAUGCCUGUAUGUCGUAAUGCAAAUCAUAUGCAUUCCACGGGGUUGUAUUGAUGCUUUCAUCAUUUCGCAGGUUGUUUUCCUUUGUUUACUAUGGAUAUUAUUUGUUUUGUUGAUUAUUAUUAUUAAUAUUACUAUUAUUAUUACUAGUAUUUAUGUUAUGAAAUGAUACGUAUACUAUAAAUAUGACAAAGUAAUAUAUAUAUAUCCAUAAUGUAUAUAAAUCCACUCAUAGUUAACCUGAGAGCGUGCUGGAAAGUAUUGACAUGUGAUUGGUGGAUUUUAUGGACAAUAACACUUGCCUUUACAAGUGUUUACUGAAUGUUGCAGACUUGUUCUGGCAUUUAUUCACCCACCCCCACAUCACCCCCCCCCCCAAGUCUUGUUAUGAGCAUUUGGUUCAUUUUAAGUGUGUGCAAUACAGAAUUGGUGUCAAAGAAAGCCUUUUUUUUUUCUUUUUUUUUUUUUUUUAAAUGAAGGCUUUACUUUCUUUUUCUUUUUAGUAGGAAUAUAAAUAAUUCCACAUUAAUUUCAUUAUCCAAGGUGAAUUAAGUUAUUGAUCAUCAUUUUAGUGUGUAAGUACACGGUGUAUAUGAGGCGCUACAUUACAGCAGGUCAAUAAGAAUCCAGAUACAGAUGUUCACAAAAAAGGUUUGAACAAAUGGAGCCAGUCAAAGGAUUUACCAUGUUUCUCCCACUGCAUAUCCCAUCCACUUGCAUGACUGAAGUACUUACUGAAUGAAGAGUGUUCUAUAAACAGAUUUGUACAUAAUAUAGCCUAUUAUAAUAUGAUAUAAUGUUGUUUAUGGAACAGACAAAACUAUUAUUCAGGUUUGAUUGUGUAUGUGUGAAUGUGACGCCUGUGUGAGAGUGUAUCAUUCAGUGUAGGUGAAUAUUGCAUAUUUAUUUUGUAAGCCUAUUCUAACCUAGGCCUAUAUGUCACAACCAAGCUGAAUGUUCUUUUAGAAAUCUAUGAAAUAUGAAGUCAUCGAAAUUUGUGUACAGAACGUGUGCAUCAGAAUACAGAGAGAUGUGAAUAUUUAUUGCUUCUAAACUAUUAUAAAGUGUCCUUGCAGUGGAUAAAACCUGGUGUGGUUUGUUUCUUAUUGGAUGGUGGUAUUAUGUGCAAAAGUGUACAUUUCAUAUCUUCACUACUAAUUUUUCCUUCAGUUAUGGGGUUUGAAAUGGCAUACUAUAUAAACGCGGUAUGAGAAAAACAUGCCAAAGAUAUAGUACUUUUUUUUUUUUAAAGGCAGAAACAUGUAGUUGUGACUGUUAUGUGUUUAUACUGCAGUAAAUUUUCACAUAAAAGUUUCAGACAACUGAGAAAUCUACCCAAGGACAUAUGAAUACCCUAAUGCUAACUAACCACUAUU